AUGAUCCGGGGGGAGCCUUAUCCAAAGGGCUUGAACCUUAAGCUACCUAGAAAUCUGAAGCACUAUGAUGGUAGUGAAAGACCCGAUACCUGGAUCGAGGAUUACUUCAAUGCAGUAAAUUUCGCCGGAGGGAAUCAAAUGAUAGCUUGCCGCAUGCUUCAGCUGUACCUUAUUGGUCCAGCUCGUACCUGGCUUGGUGACCUCCCGGAGAACACCAUCUUUUGCUGGUUCGACUUUAAGAUUGCCUUCGAGAAGCACUUCAGGGGUACCUACAAGAGGCCUGCCACAACAAGCGACCUACAAGCAUGUAUUCAGAAGAAAGGCGAAACAUCGCGAAACUUCCUCACACGAUGGUUGGCAACCAAGAACGAGUGCGAAAACAUGGAUAAUCGCACAGCUAUGGAAGCCUUCAUCGGUGGACUGCAGAGAGGAGGAUUGCUCCGGCACAAGCUCACCUGCCUGAUCAAUGAAAACAAUCUUACGUUGGAUGACAUGAUCGGCAUUGCAAGUAAUCACACCGCCGCUAACGACGACACUGGUGGAGAACUUAGCGCUACAGCCUUACCCCUUCAUCAACAGAAGAAAAACCGAGAUAAUGGCGGCACCAGCAACAACAACAAGCGGAAGAAUCCCCCGAUGACCAGAGGAGCGGCGGAUCCGACAUGGUCGCCGUAG